GAAAUGAACUUUGCACUUGCAAAUGUCACUGAAUAUAUUUCACACAGGAUUUUAAAAGGUUCUCUUAUAAGCACUAUUUUUAACAGCCAAGCCCGCCCCCCAAAACAACAAGGAAAAAGCCCGAGGUAUUUUUUUUUUGUCAUCGAUCUCAGUCUGUUAUCAAUUGAAGCAUCUCUCACAACAUUUACCUGAAGUCUGGCUUAUUUUAUCUUUUCGUUAUUCAAGUUGAGGGUCUUUUUUUAUUUUUUGGUGCUGAGUGUUUUUUUAUUCUUUUUUUUACUGGCAUGAGAAAAUUUGAGAAUUUAAUUGCACUAGAAUACUUGGAAACAGUGAGGCUGGGAGCUUGAAAGGCAGAGGGAAGAGAAGGAAGGCUCUCGCAGCAGAGCAUGGAUAGGAAAGGAGCAGUGAUUCUGCGGUGCUCAGCGUGCACAUGUUUUAUGAGAUCAGUGCCGGGCGCUGCAGCUGCGGACAAUAACUGAGCUGUCUGGCUAAUGAAGGCCACCUGGAUCAGGCUUCUGAAAAGAGCCAAAGGAGGACGUCUGAAGAAUUCUGAUAUCUGUGGUUCGGCGGAUUCCUACACCAGCCGUCCAUCCGAUUCAGAUGUAUCUCUGGAAGAGGACAGGGAAGCAGUGCGGAGAGAGGCAGAGCGACAGGCCCAGGCACAGUUGGAAAAAGCAAAGACAAAACCUGUUGCAUUUGCAGUUCGGACAAAUGUUGGUUACAGUGCAGCUCACGAUGAUGAUGUUCCAGUCCCAGGCAUGGCCAUCUCAUUUGAAGCUAAAGAUUUUCUUCAUGUUAAAGAAAAAUUUAAUAAUGACUGGUGGAUAGGACGGUUGGUAAAAGAAGGCUGUGAAAUAGGAUUCAUACCAAGCCCAGUCAAGCUCGAAAACAUGAGGCUGCAGCAUGAACAAAAGGCAAAACAAGGAAAAUUCUACUCCAGUAAAUCAGGAGGAAACUCAUCAUCCAGUUUGGGUGACAUAGUUCCUAGUUCCAGAAAAUCGACGCCUCCAUCAUCUGCUAUAGACAUAGAUGCCACUGGCUUAGAUGCAGAAGAAAAUGAUAUUCCAGCAAACCAUCGCUCCCCCAAACCCAGUGCAAACAGUGUAACAUCACCCCACUCCAAAGAGAAAAGAAUGCCCUUCUUUAAGAAGACAGAGCACAUCCCUCCCUAUGAUGUAGUGCCUUCUAUGCGACCAGUAGUUUUAGUGGGGCCUUCUUUGAAGGGAUAUGAGGUAACAGAUAUGAUGCAAAAAGCGUUGUUUGAUUUUUUAAAACAUAGAUUUGAAGGGCGUAUAUCAAUUACACGAGUCACAGCAGACAUCUCGCUUGCCAAACGCUCAGUAUUAAACAACCCCAGUAAGCAUGCGAUAAUAGAGCGAUCUAACACAAGAUCAAGCUUAGCUGAAGUUCAAAGUGAAAUCGAACGGAUUUUUGAAUUAGCAAGGACACUGCAGUUGGUAGUACUUGAUGCUGAUACCAUUAAUCACCCAGCUCAACUAAGCAAAACCUCUUUGGCUCCCAUUAUAGUAUAUGUAAAGAUUUCUUCUCCUAAGGUUUUACAGAGGUUAAUAAAAUCUCGAGGAAAAUCUCAGGCCAAACACCUUAAUGUUCAGAUGGUGGCAGCUGAUAAACUGGCACAGUGUCCUCCAGAAAUGUUCGAUGUAAUUCUCGAUGAGAACCAGCUUGAAGAUGCUUGUGAGCACCUUGCUGACUAUCUGGAAGCCUACUGGAAGGCCACACAUCCACCUAGCAGCAAUCCUCCUAACCAGCUUCUCACUCGCACACUUGCAACAGCCACUCUUCCUAUUAGCCCAGGGUCAAAUAUUAAUUUACAGGGAUCUCAAGGAGACCAGAGGAAUGACCAUUCAGUCCCUGAACGCAGCGGUUCACAAAUUGAAGAGGAAGCACGGGUAGAACCCAUCAAGAAAUCCCAGCAUCGCUCUUCCUCAUCCCAGCACCAUAACCAUCGCAGUGGUGUUAGCCGAGGCCUUUCUAGGCAAGAAACUUUUGACUCAGAAACACAAGACAGCAGAGAUUCAGCGUACAUAGAGCCAAAGGAGGACUAUUCACAUGAGCAUGGUGACCACUACGAUUCUCACAGGGACCACAAUCAUAGAGACGAGUCCCAUGGGAGCAGUGAUCACAGACAUAGAGAAUCAAGGCAUCGCUCAAAGGAAAGGGACCGCGAGCAGGACCACAAUGAAUGCAACAAACAACGUAGUCGUCAUAAAUCAAGGGACCAAUAUUGUGACAAGGAUGGGGAAGUGAUAUCUAAAAAACGUAACGACACCGGAGAAUGGAACAGGGAUGUUUACAUCCGUCAGUAACUUCUGCCUCUGGCAGUCUUGUGUUUCUUUGAAGUCUUGUGACAAUGCCCCUUGAAAAUAUCUUUGGGUUUUUCAUUGCAGAACAUAUGGUAUCCUUCUGUAUGCUGAUUUGUAUUGCUGUUGCUUGCAUAGCAAUAGCAUGAAAUAGAAUAUUCAUAUACUUAUUUUUUUGGUUAGUGCUAUAUGAAUCAGCAUAGUACAACUGCAGACUUCCUGAUGUUGUACUAUGCCUUUUUUUCAAGCUGUUUUUGGUAGCUGCCACUUGAACAAUAUCUGUUGCCAUCAAGGUGGUGUUAGUGUUUUUAAAAAAGGUACCUUUGAUGUUUAAUAACUUCCCGUGUAUUCAGCAAGCCAGAAUCAGCACAUAAAAAACAAAAACUUUUGUCUGCUCUGAUUUUUAAUUUGUAUGCACUUGAUUUGCAUAUUGAUUUAAGAGCCACUAUCUGUUGCUUGUACCUCUAGUGGACUCCAUUUGAGGACAGAAUUCAGUCUUGCCUUACACACAGGGGAUCAUAAAGUCAGAAUCUAUUUUCUAUGUACUGGUACUGUGUACUGUAUAUACAGUUUAUAAAUGUUAUUUCUGCAGACACCUUCUUACUAUAUAAGUUUGAUCACACUGUUUUAGAGUCCUAAUGCCAAGUCAGCAGAUUUGCUUUUGAAUUACUGGCAACUGGAACUAGCCUCAUUUAGGGAAUCUGUAACAGUGUUCAAUUCAAAUCUUUUUCUUCUGUAGCAGAAAGCUUAUACUUAUUGUAAAUAUGAAUGAAUGCUUGAGAUAAAGGGUCUAAUUCUUAUACCUAAUAUUGUCCUUGCAAACUCAAUUUUGCAUUUUAAAUUUAUGAUAAAGAUAACUAACUUACCAGUAUAAAUUAUUCUUCUCUGUACAGAUUACGCAGUUGCAAUGGACACAAUUUUUGUUCUAUUGUCAGAAUAACAGAGCACACACCACAGCGGUGUGCAUGUGAGCAGGUGGGUGGCGGAUGCGUGUGGGUGUGCGUGUGCACAUUAGGCAGCAAAGUGUGAAAAUCUACUGAAGAAACCAAAGGUUAGUCAAAAGCCCAGGAAGUCUGUUUCUUCAUUCUGUCUAUUAAUUUAAAACUCCAAAUUGCAGUCAGGGAACAUGAGGGAGUUUACUGGCCCAGGUAAUUGAGAAAGCAUAAAUCUGCUGGCUCUUUGUUGAGACUCCAGGAGAGUAAAAAACACAGGCAAAUGUUACUGUGAGUGUUUCACUGGAAAUGUAAAAUCUUUGUGUUUUAGAGUAUCUGUUUUAGUAAGAAAAGUUUACACAGCUUGUGGAGAGUUAUUUUGUUGGAAAAUAAAUUUUUGUAGCUUCUCCACUUUUUUCUACACUUGCCAAUUCCUCUGCAUUCCCACUUUGCAGCCAGCUCACUGCUUUUCCUUCACCUAAACCGUUGUGCUGCCAGUAAGAGCUUAGAAAAAUGACUGUGACAAAAUAUUCUGUCUGUUACAGGCUUACUAGAGAAAGUGCAUUUAAAUCAAAGAGAGUGAAAACAGUUUGUUUUGCAUUGAACACCUGUUGCACUGGUAAGUGGGGGAAAAUUCAUAAUUAUUUUUGGCCACAGGUUCCAUACCCUUGCCUGGUGUAAAGGCUGUUCUGCAUCACAUAUAAUCUUUGUAGUAAUUGUAUGAAUGAAAUACUUUUUUGUAUUUCACUGUAAAUAACACAUUAUAUAAAGAUUGUAGUGGGAUAAUACUUCAUUUAGCUGGAAGUUUUUAUUAUUUAUUAUUUUAAUUCUGGGAAUAUCAGCAUUGCCUGAUUUUUGAAUAUCAUUUUAGUGAAAUGGAUAAGCUAUAUGGGAUGUGCAUGUAUUCUCCAGUCUUCUAUUCCAGCAUCCAGGCAACUCAGUUUGACUCCCCUAAAGAUAUUUUGUCUGCCCUCCCUGAUGGUUUACAUGCAUUAUUUUACAACAGCUCAAGAGGGUGAGAUUCUGCUGUCAGAUAUCUGGACAUGACUCCCAGUGCUGCUGUCCCUUGUGGUAAUUCAAGGGUACUCUGACUCAGAACAUGAGCUCUGGGGCACAUGCGAAAAAGGGUAUUUUUCUAGAAAUAAAAGUCUCAGCAUUUCUCUAGACAUCACUAAAUGACUUUGUCAGAAAAAGGAAGCAUAGGUAAGUAGACCUGCUGUAUUACUAAAUGGAUAGAUGAGCCUAUAUAAACAGUGGCUUUUGAUAUAAGGAGAUUUUCAGUGUAUCAUCAGUGGAAAUGACAUCAUUGAAAGAGUUUUUGGUGUUUGAAUCAUAUCAGAUCAAAUUUAAAUGCAAAGAGAUUUAUAUUGUUAUAUACAGCCUGGCUUUAGCUAUUUUACCAGCUUCAGUAAAUUCUUUUGCUCCCUUCAGCUGUUAUCGGAGGGCUACGUCCUCCAAGGAAGUGAUCCGUUCCACUUCAGUACCCUUAUUUUUUUUAUUUGUUUGUUUUUUACUCUUGCUCCAAGAAGUGUUAACUUUCCACCUUUCUUAGAAGUAUUUCUUAGGGAAUGUUUGGCAAAGUUUCAAAGCACUGAGUAGUUGUACGUGAAAACCAUGGAGUAAGCACCCAUUAUAGAGACAAAUAAAUGAGAAAAUAAAGAGCAUAAUCCAAGCCCUGAUAUUUAUGUAUGACGCCUAUAUUGGUUUAAGGAAUAUAAAUAUCUUCUCCCAAAGAAGGGCAUAUCCCCAUCCAACUCAGUGAGAGAAUUAUUUUUUGUAUAAUGCAACUAACUAUGUAUAGGCAACAUACUAAUACUUACGUUUCUUAGGCUGACACUCUCAGUAGAUUUUUUUUUUUAUUAGCCUUGCUAUUUUCCUUCAGUUAAUUGUUUUAAAAGUGACAAAUCAGCUGUAAUGUGAGCUUGUACUACACACUUUGCACAAUACCACCUGCCUGCUGAGCACUACUUUCAAAAGCACUUCAACAGUUUUUAAGAAGACUGCUUUAAAAAUAAUCCAACUGGAGGACAUAUCAAAGGUUAUUGUGAUGAAAUGGCUUUGCAAAGUUUUGCCAAUGGAAAUUUUAACGUUAUUGUUUGCAUAGGAUACCAGUGGGUUCAUAUUUCUGUAUCUGGUUUCAAGAGCUUUGAAUCUGAGAAACGCUGGAGGUCCCAGUUAGCUCCAGAGUUCUCUUGUGUAGGUGUGGUACAAAACAACCUGUAAUAUCUCUAUUAAAAUAAGCUAAAAAGAUAAAACAAAGGACAAAGAAGGAAAGGGAAGAUGGUAAAAUAGUUAAGUGAUACAUAGGUCUUAUCAGCUCUCACUAUUUUUCCUAAGGCUUUCAGCCUAUGAAAGGAAUGGGAUACAAUUUAACAUUUAUGUAUAUGUUAUAUAUGAACUUUUUGUUUUGUGUGUCUUCUCAAAUGAAUAUACAUCAGUGCUGUUCAACAGCCCUACAGUCUCAGUUUAGUGUUACCUAGACACCAUGGAAGAAAGAAUUCUUGAGGAGGAUUUGGAAGGAGGGGAGAGUAAUAGUCUCAGGGACAGAAUAGCUUGGGAGAAUAAACAAGCAGGUUUGUGAACAAAUUUAGCAUCAGUAAGACUUGAGAGUUAAAAGAAGCUGCUUUGAAAUCAAUUAACACAUUUUCUCUAAUCACUACAAAUUAAAAAAUUAUUUUUAAAAAUUAAAAAGAAUCUUUCUUUUAGAAUACGUGUGAAUUCAAAUUGUGUGGUAGCUAGAGUUCAGCAUUUGAGAGACUUCUUUUACAAUUUAGGCUUCUCAAGAUGUAAAAUAUAAAUAGGUAGUUUCUCCUAUGGCUUUGGCCCUAAUUAAUGAAGACUAUUUUAAAGCUAUAAUCAGUUUGAGUUAGAAUGGUGUAUCUGUUUUAACAGAAACUCAUAAAAUGACGUGUGUGAAAUUCUUCACCUAUAGCCCUUACUAUAAAUGGGGGGUAAGGAAAUGAAGUUCCACUUGUCAAACCUUGAAUCAAAGUACAGAGCUCAUUUUCCUUCGCCCUGCAUAUCUUGUCAUACAUCCAGCAGACCCUUUACAUCUUAUACAUGCAGUUCCUGCCCAAUUCUAAUACUCUGCCCCCUUAAUACUUACAUCUUAUGACUCUGUUUGUUAGUAAUUACCAUUUUUAAGCUCCAUUGGUUUGUAAAGUCAGAAUUACUUUCUGUGACAGCUGCAGAGGUUUUCAAGUGUUCCUACUCACAGCCGUCCAUCUGUCCAUUAUCAGGCCCUUAGCUGGAACGUAAUGAGUGGUCUGAUUGCUUUCAAUCAGUGUCGGCAAAAAAUAAAAAGGUUAGCGUAAACUACCUCCUACGGUAGUUACUAAAGCCUCCUCAAGAUUUAUUUUGGUUUCUGAUUACAUUUGACCUCUGAUUUUUUUUAACACAUGAGGCAGAAAGUUAUUUCCCAAAUGCUCAUUCUCCUAAUCCUCUGGAUUUGGGGUUUUUUUUUGUUUUUGUUUUUUUACAAUUUUGACUUUAAUUCCAUUCCCUCCAUGAAAAUAAAGCACAGUGCAAGAAACUAGCAUACAAUUUACAGGAGGGGCAGAGCAAUUCUUUUUCAGAGUGUCAAGUGACAUUUUUGGUAUACAUUUUGUUAUAUUUAUAACUUUAUUACAGAUCUUUCACCAAAAUUUUAGUUUUAUCAUCUGUAAAAUAUGUGGAUGCUAUUGCCUUGUGAAUAUUUUCAGUCAGAUGUUGUUCAAACUUGUUAUUCAGCAGAUUCUAAUUGUGUCUAUAAUUCAUUUGCCCACUUUUAUAUAAGAAACUAAGCUACAUAUAAGCUUACAGUAGUUUUACAGAAACAGUUUCUUUUUAUAGUAUAACACCCUAGAGAUGUGUUCCUACACAGUUAAAAAAAAAAGUUUUACAUCAGAUAUAAUGUUAGAGAUGAAUCUGUUUCUUCUAACUCAUCUGUUAGAACAUCUUUUUUCUUACUUUACUCUCACCACUUCUAUCCAUCAUUCCUAGGUACUCUGCAACAAAUUCUAGCAGCAUAUUACUGGAUUUGCUCAUAAAUUAUUUGGUAGUUUCUAGAAUAAGUUUUUAAAACUGUUUGUGGUACUUUGAACUAAAAUGAACAACGUUGAAUAUUUAGUCACAAAAAAGCAUAAGAAGACAGUUCUUUAAAAUAUAGGGGGGUGUAUAUAUAUAUAUAUAUAUAUGUAUGUAUGUAUGUAUGUAUGUAUACACGUAUAUACACGUACAUAUAUAUAAAAAGAAGCACCCAAAGUCAUUUCUUGUUGAUCACCAUCACUAGCCUGCUUUCUUACUAAUAAGUAUUCCUUUUUCCUUUAAGAGCAUAUGAAAUCCUACAGUCUAAAAAUGUUGGUGGAUUCCAUGACCCUUACACAGAAAGAAGCUGUUGUUACAAUUUCAUGCUAUUGUAGGCUGCCUAUUUUAAUAUCUUUAUAUUGAUCAAGAUAAAUAUUUAGAUCUGGCACUAUUACUAAUCACUAUUUCUACAAAUAGAGAAACUAUUUUUCAGAUUCUUUUAUUUUUAAGACAGGCUCUGAUUAUAUGCCUAAUCUGUCUUUUUUUUUUGGUUAAUCUUAAAUUAAAAUGACAAUACCUUUUUAAAUUCAAUAUAUAAAUAUCUCAUAUGGUAAAUGUAUUUCAAUUGUGCUUCAGUCACACUGAAGCAUUAUGAUGCAGUCUGUAAAGCAUUCUUAGCAGGAAAGGAACCCUACUAUGUAUUAAAAACACAUACACACGCAUACAUCAAAAUUGUGAAAAAAAAAUAAUCUGCACUUUAAAGUCACAAUAAAAUUGGAAAAGAAAAGAAAAAAAAAGGAGGGCAUCCUUCCAACUUCAGAUAUCUAACUUAGUCAACCAGUCUCCUCCUGUAGUCGAAGGAGGCUGGCUCCUUCAAAGGGUGAUUCAGAGUAUCUUAAUUAAGUUUCUGCUUUGACCUGCCUGAUGGAGAAGUCUCGUCUCUUCUCUCUCUCCCUCUCCCCUUCUCUCUCUCUCCCUCCCUCUCCCCUGCCUUCCCUCCUUCAAUCUCUCUCUGCUGCCCGCAGAGGGAGGGCCUGGGGAAACAGCUGAGGUUUAUCCCUUUAAUAUGCUGAAUAGUCUUUUAACUUCAGCAAUGAUUUUUGCAGAAAUAACUCUAGUAGUGCAAGUUCAGAUAUCAGUAAUUUUUUCUGGGUUAAGUGUGGUCUGCAGUUACACUGGAAUCACAAGUCAGUCAUAACAAAAUUUUUUUUUCUGAGAAACUUGUCUUAUAAAAUCAAGUGAGAUCAACUUUUUGAAAAGCCUGUUUUUUAUUCAGAACUAGAGAAAUCUGGGAAAGUCUCAACAAAUCCUCCACUAAAAAGUCAGCAAAUUUUUAAAAUUUUUCAAAUUCAGUAUUACACAGCUCCUGCUACUGAACAUGAAGACAAAAGUUCCUUACUUUAUAAAUGUAAUGCAGACUUCAAUAUACUGUCUACACAUGCUGGUUAACGUUUACUGAAUUUAUAUAUUCUGCAAAAAUAAAAUGGUCUUUUACUAGCACUGAGCUACAGAUUUCAACAUGUACAUACAACAGACAACAGAAAACUAAUAAUUUUGUUACCAAGUAAUUAUUUUAGCCAUAUUUAGACUAAAACAACUAUAAUUUAAAAUAUGAACUAUUAUGAUUCUAAAUAGGAUAUUUCGCCUACUACUGAUGCAAAAAAGAUGAAUUUUAAUUCUUCUUUUGCCACGUCAUGGUUAACUGCAAGGAGGGACCAAGAAAAGUAGGUAAGAAGUAGACAAGGAUCCCAUCCUCCUCUCUUGCCAGGACAGGCCUUUCAGAGGAUGAAGGAGCUCGUACAUGUAGUACAGUCACCUUUGGCAAAACAGAAGAAGCGACAUCUGUUUUAUUUAACAACAGUAGAAGAUAUUCUGUAUAAGAACAUUUAUAGCAUAUGUAAGUAAAUAAACAGACUACUGAGAUACAGAAUUGUAUAAAUUGUUUUGAUUACACACAAACGCAAAAGCACUUGUGACAAGAAACAGAGUUGAGGAAAAGUACAUUAUAAAACUAACAUCACUCUGUUAAAUGAAACCAAAUAAUUCUAUGCCAAAAGUAAGAAGUUUUUCAGAUAAUGUUUUUAAAAACUAGAAAUUUAUCAGUGGCAAAAAAAAAAGUCAGUUUAAGUUUUUGAGUUGUACUUACCUUUUUCUCCCCAAUUUUAGUGCUAUUGCCAGUUCCAGUGAUGAGAAUACUGUUCAAAAUGAAAACAUCUCUGGAACUGAAGCAGAAAUUGCAAAUACAUCUAACAAAUUUAUGCAAUUUAGAUUAUUAAACGUUUGAGCAGUGUUUUAAGUCAGUUCUCAUUAGUGUGCUUCCCCAGUUUCAAUUUUCAUGAUUUUAGCAGAUGAUACUGUCUAACCAGUAAAGACUUAGAAUUAAGUUCUAAGUUGUUUGAAAGGUAAUCUGCAACAUUUCAGUUGGUAUUAUGCAUUGUUUUCUGUCUUUUGCUAUAUUAAUCACAACUGCUGCCCCUUCUAUUGCAAAUGUUUGGUUUUAACACUGUCAUUUGUCAGCCAGUCCAGUAGGCUAUUUCAGAACCAAUACGGUUUAUGCAUGGGAAGUUUGAUGUUGAAACAAUAUUUAUUUACAUUCCCAGAGUGAGAUGGUUUAAUAUAUUCAUGCUGCUAUAAAAGACAUGCUACAAAGCCUAAUCGUAUUUUGUGUAUAUACUAUGUGUACAGAGAUUCUUGCUUGUAUUAAAAUAAAAGUGAAAUGAGGUUCUAAGUAUCAA